AGAGCAAAGUGGUGAAAAUGUUAAGCCGGAUUUUUGAGCCAAUUUUGACUAAGAUAUGGGAGUCAAUUUUGUCAAAGUUGGUUGAACAAAUGGCGGAUCAUGCACACAACAAUGUGAAAAGUAUAAAGGACUUUGAGCUCAAUCUAAAAGCUCUGCAGAAAAAGUUGAAGUCAUUAGGUGCUAAGGCAUCUGAUGUUGAGGAGGAAAUCAAGAACUCAGAGCUUUCUGGUCGAAAGAAAAGGAAGCGUGAAGUUGAGGAAUGGUUGGAAGAAGUGAGGUCCAUUGAAAAUCAAGUUGUUGAGUUGGGGACUCAACCGGAAUCUGAAGGAUUUAUUAUGAGAUUGAUGGAUGGAGGGUUACCAGAUAAACUAAAUGGCGAGGUUGACAUGCUUGUUGAGCAAAGUCGGAAUUUUGGUGAACUUGUCCUUGAUGUUUGUGGAAGUAGGGGAGAUAAGUUGUUAACAAAUGGGAUGGUUGGUGAAGCUUUUGAUGAAAAUUUGGAAAUGAUUUUGACACUUUUGGAGAGUGGGCAAGUGUCGAGCAUUGGUGUUUAUGGCAUGGGUGGUGUGGGCAAAAUGACACUGGCAAAGCACAUUCACAAUCAACUCCUCCAACACUCUCAGGGACGUGUGAUUUGGGUUACAGUCUCUCAAGAAUUUAGUGUUACGACUUUACAAGAUAAAAUAGCUCGUUUCAUAGGUCUGGAGUUUGUAGGUGAGAAUAAUGAAGACAUAAGGGCGGCGAGACUUAAUACAACUUUGUCUCAGAUGAAGAAUUCAGUGCUGAUAUUAGAUGAUGUGUGGGAAAAUAUUGAUCUUUUAAAGGUUGGAUGUCCCGUUUCUGUCGAGUGUUGCAGGCUGAUUAUAACCACUCGCUCCUUAGAAGUGUGUCGUCAAAUUUGUUGCCAAAAAUUGAUUCCAGUGCAAACUCUACAUCAUCAUGAGGCAUGGAAAUUGUUUAAUGAAACACUAAGAAAUGAGAUAGAACUUGAUUCUUCGGCAGAAGAGAUUGCGGAUGUGGCAAAAUUGUGUGGUGGUCUGCCCCUAGCAAUUGUUACAGUGGCUGCAAGCAUGAGGGGAGAGAGAGCCAUUCAUACAUGGAGAAAUGCUUAUGUUGAACUAAAAGAAUGUGUCUCGGGGAAUGAUGGCAUGGGAGAUGGUGAUGUUUAUAAAGUAUUGAAAUAUAGUUUUGAUCGGUUGAAGAGUAAUCAUCAUAGUCAGAGUAAUGAGUUCAAUACAUUGCAACAUUGUUUCCUGCAUUGCGCGUUAUAUCCUGAAGAUAAAGAAAUAGAGCGAGAGGCUUUGGUUAGGGAGUUCAUUUCAGAAGGGUUGGUGGAUGAAAGAAAGACAAGGAGAGCAGAAGUUGAGCAAGGACAUUCCAUAUUGGAUAAAUUAGUGAAUGUGUGCUUAUUGGAACAAGUUGUUCCCGAUGACUUUGGUCCUACGGAAUGCGUGAAGAUGCAUGAUCUUGUCAGAAGUAUGGCAUUGAAGAUAUGUGAGGGGAAAUAUAUGGUAAGAGCAGGUGAUUUGUCUUUGACGGAAAUUCCAAAAGAAGCAGAAUGGGCAAAAGAUCUGGAGAAGGUGUCCAUAAUGGAAAAUGGCAUAAGGAGAAUUGAAGAAGGAAUGUCUCCCGAUUGUCCUAAGCUCUCUACAUUGCUUUUAUGCAAUAAUCAUCGGCUGGAGUUUAUCCCAGAUUCAUUCUUUUCUAAAAUGCAAGGACUAUGUACUCUUGAUUUGAGCUGGACUGUCAUAACAAUGCUGCCAAACUCAGUCUGUGCCAUGAAGAGCCUCAAGGCAUUGCUCCUUGAGUCGUGUUAUAAGCUGAAAAAUGUGCCAUACUUGGGAGAGAUGAAAGAAAUCAGGGAGUUAAACCUCUCGCUCACAGCCAUCAUGGAAGUACCUCAAGGAGUUGGAGAAUUAUUCAAUCUCAAAUUCCUCGCGUUGGAAUCGUCUAACUUGAAGAUACUUCCAAGAGGUUUGUUCCAUAAACUUGGGAAUCUUCAGCAUUUAGAAUUACCAUUUUGUGUACAAGUAGUAAUUGAAGAAAUUGAGAAUCUGAAACUGCUAGAGGAGUUUAGUGGAAGAGUGGACAAUGUGAAUGAUUUUAAUUCUUUAAUUACAAGUUGGAGAAAUCGGGUGCAUGACACUUGCUACAUAAUAUUAGUGGGAUCGUAUCAUGAAGAUACAUUCGAAAUAACAGGAGGAGCAUGUUAUAAUAAACAGUUGUUCCUGUCCGAAUGCAACCUUGAAGAUGAGAGAAUAUUAGCAGAGGGAAUUGAGCAACUAACAAUUAUUGAAUGUGAGGGUCCGACCAUAUGCUUUGUGGAUGGAUUGGAGAGAUUGAAAAUUAAAUGGUGUGGAGACAUAGAAUACAUUUUGAAGAAAUGUCAAAUGGCUACUCUUACAGAAAUUGAAUUGGUUGGGUUGGAUGAUAUGAAGGGGUUGGUCGAAGAGGGGGAAAUAGGAGCAUCAGCUGCACUUGCAUGGCCUGUGUUUUCUUCUCUGAUACGGUUAAGAAUUGAUAAGUGUAACAAGAUGAGGAUACCACUACCAGGAGCUCCCAACCUCGAACUUAUUGAUAUAAGCGAGUGUGAAGAAAUAGAAGAGAUAUUCGAGGAUGAAGGAACCGAAGAGAUAUUCGAAGACGAAGGAAGAAGUUCCCUCGCCCUCGCUAAAUUAAAAACCUUAAGGUUACAUGGGCUGCCAAGACUAAGGAAGGUGGGGAUACUAUCAAGAGCUCCCAACCUUGGAGUUAUUCAUAUCAGCAAUUGUGAAGAAAUAGAAGAGAUAUUCAAAGAUGAAGAUCGAUAUUUCCUCACACUCCCCAAAUUAAAAGAAGUAUGGUUAUAUGAUCUUCCAAGACUGAGGAAGGUGGGGAUAUCACUAUCAGGAGUUCCUAACCUUAUAACUAUUUCUGUGAGUGAGUGUGGAGGAUUAGAAGAUGUAAUCGAUGAUGAAGGAAGAGGAUGCCUCACCCUGCCCAAAUUAAAACAGUUGAAGUUGGAAGAGCUUCCAAGACUGAAGAGCCUAUGCAAGGGAACAACCAUCAUUUGCAACUCAAUUGAAGCUAUAUUCAUAAAAAAGUGCCCAAGAUUGAUGAACAAACUUCCUGUGCUUGUGGAUUUGGCUGUGCCUCGACGAUUUAAGAUAAGGGUCAACCCAGAACUGUGGGAAUCAUUGGAGUCGGACCAUCCCAACCUCUCUCUAUUUUCCAUAUCUGAUAAUAGGGAAGGAUUUUUUCUUAAACUUGGGAAUCUUCAGCACUUGGAAUUACCAUUGCAUAUAGAAGUAAAAGUUGAAGAAAUUGAGAAUCUGAAACAGCUAGAGGAGUUUAGUGGAAGAGUGGAAAAUGUGAAAGAUUUGAAGUCUUUGAUUACAAGUUGGGGAAGUCGGGUGCGUGACACUUGCUACAGAAUAUUAGUGGGAUCGUAUUAUGAAAUAUUCAAUAAAAGAGGAGGAAUAUGUCAUAAUAAAGAGUUGUUCCUGUUCAACUGCAACCUUAAAGAUGAGAGAGUAUUAGCAGAGGGAAUUGUGCAGCAAUGUGAGGGUCUGGGCGUAUGCUUUGUGGAUGGAUUGAAGACAUUGAGAAUUGAAAGUUGUGGAGAAAUGGAGUACAUUUGGAGGAGUGAGCCAGGAUUAUCAUCUCAAAUGUCUACUCUUGAAGAAAUUGAACUGGUUUGGUUGGAUGCUAUGAAGGGGUUGAUCGAAAAGGAGGAAAUAGGAGCAUCAGCUACUGUUAUGCAAUAG